GCAGUGCACAUCUGUUUCUUUCGCGCCAAAAAAGGUAAACACUUAAACAGAAGUAAAUAGUUUUGGUUGUAAAAUGGUGACAUUAAUUGAACAGCUAAUUUCGAAAAUGGGUCUAAAUGAUGAGCCCAACGUUUUAGAAAAAACAACUGAGCUACUGCGAUUGUUGGAGCUUCGCUCCUCGAACGUUCCACUACAAAUAAAUGAGUAUGGGAAAAUUGUUUUGUGCGCGGACCUUGCGUCAUGUCUGCUUGGAAUUGGAUUUGACAAGGAGCAAGCCCUCAAACUGUCGGCAUUGCGUAAAAGUCAUUACGCUAAUAACAAGCGCAUGUUUGAGAAAUUACUUGAUCUGAAUAGACUGGUUUCUGUAAACGAUAUUUGUGUGCAGCUCAGUCUUAACGAGGUGUCGCGUAAGGCUGAAGAGCUGUUAGCUUUGUUCAAAAAAGUUGCACGCGAGAAUCCAGACGCUGACCAUCCGCAAUACGCCGCAAUGGCUGUGUUCCAGGCGUGUCGUUUAAUGAAAAAAAAGGUGUCGAAGACAAAGCUUUUGCCGUUUAGCAAUUUGCGUCCAACUCAAUGGCAGCAGCUUGAGCAACAAUGGGAGCACAUGAUUACAAAGCAUAUCAAGGAAGCCGACGUCGCCUCUAGCUUAAAUAAUAAACUAGACCUCCACCAGGAGAAUUCAGUGAUCAACAAGAAAAAUAGUCAAACUCCUGAGAUUGAAGAUUAUGAAAAAUGGAAGUCUCGAAUGUUAGCCAUGGCCGAAGCUAAACUCAAAGAAUCGGCAAUCAAAGUGAAGGAGAAUAUCAAUGAAUCGUGAUAUGCAUUAUUAAUCUUAGCGAUAAUUUCCACUUUUGGCUUAGAUAUAAUUGCUUUUUUUAAUUCAAGCUUUAAGUGGUACUUUACGUAACAUAUACAUUUAUAUUUAACAUUAUUCUUAGUAAAGUAGUUUAAUUGAGUACUUUUUUGUUGUUUAAAUGCGUCAAAACAUGCGUGUAAAGUAUUUCUCCAACGUCUACAGGUUCUCCGUUUGUUUUAUGAGCUAAAAAUAAAUAUAUUAUUGUAAACUCUUAGCAGAAAAAA